CGCCUUAUUGCUGAGCCCGGUCUGCUGUCACGGUGUGGUAUAAGCAGGGAACGUGGACAGGUCUACUAUAAUUAAUCAAUAUGCGAAACCUGAAGUUACUGAAGUCUUUACACUGUGGCUCAGCACCAGAUAUUGGCACUCCACACUGCUUUACUGUACGUACAGACACUGGAAAUGUUCUCAUCGGAUCAAGCUAUGGCUUUGUGGAGUUGGAUCCCAAUACAGAGCAGAUCGUUACAGAUGUCUCUUUAACAGUUGAGAAUUUUCUACCAGAGGAUGGAAGUGGUCAGGUCGUUGGGAUACAGGAUGUCCCUGAUCAGCAGUCUGUGUGCAUUGCUACUGCCACAGGUGAUGUCAUUCUGUGCAAUCUGAACACUGGUCAGCUGGAAUGUGUUGGCAGUGUGGAUAGUGGAAUUGUUACUAUGAGUUGGAGCCCUGAUCAAGAACUUGUUCUUCUUAUAACAGGCCAACAGACCCUCAUAUUGAUGACAAAAGACUUUGAACCAAUUGCUGAAAUACAGAUUCAUCAGGAAGAUUUUGGAGAAGGGAAAUUUAUUACAGUUGGUUGGGGCAAAAAAGAGACCCAAUUCCAUGGAUCUGAAGGAAAACAGGCAGCCAGACAGAGACUAACGAGCGUACAACCUGCUAUGCCAUGGGAUGACCGCAAACCUCGUGUUACUUGGAGAGAAGAUGGUCAGCUCUUUGCAGUGAGUGCCAUAUGCCCAGAGACAGGCUGUCGUAAGGUAAGAGUAUGGAACAGAGAACUGUCCUUACAGUCAACCAGCGAACCUGUGGAAGGCUUGGAGCAGGCUCUAUCUUGGAAGCCUUCAGGUAGUUUGAUUGCUUCGACUCAGAGCAAGCCCAACAAGCAUGAUGUGAUUUUCUUUGAGAAGAAUGGGCUUGUACAUGGAGAAUUCACACUACCUUUUGCAAAAGGAGAAGUUCAGGUGAGGGAACUUCUGUGGAACUCCGAUUCAACAGUUUUAGCUGUUUGGCUUCAGGAUCUAGGAAAGGAGGGUUCAAAACCCAAUACUUAUGUUCAACUCUGGGUGGCUGGAAAUUAUCAUUGGUACCUGAAACAAAGUUUACUUUUUGGGAGUGAGGAAAACGAGAGAGUUGUGUCUGUAGCGUGGGACCCUGAGAUCUCGUACAGACUGCAUGUUGUAUGCACUGGAUGGCGGUACCUUUGCUAUGACUGGACCUGGAGUACAGACUGCAGUGGGCAUGGUCCAGGAGGACAGGCUGAUGUGGCCAUCAUUGAUGGUGAUAAGGUUUUGGUGACAUCCUUUGGACAGUCUGUGGUCCCUCCUCCGAUGUGCACAUUUCACAUGCAGUUUCCACUUGCUGUGAAUAACCUUGCUUUCCAUUCAGAUCCAGACAAGAGCAGCGACUUUGUUGUACUUGAUACUGCCAAUACACUAUAUAUCUGCAGAUAUGGAAUUGAGGCAAUUAAAGAUUCCACUGUGAAAGCAGUACCAGGAAAUGGAUAUAAACUAAACUCUAUAAUGCCAGUACUGGAAAAAGGAUGCAGAGUUCAAGUUCCAUCGUGUAACACACAUCCUCUUUGCUUCCGCCAUCUUACAUGGGUGCAGGAUGACACUUUUUUGGUUGUGAUUCAAGGGGAGAAUUCCAGACAGUCAACUGUUUACCUCCUGAAGAUCCCAAUAGAUGGCCAGAGUGUUGAUGUCCACAGACCCACUGUAUCUGUUAACGGACAUAUAAUCAGCGUGUUCUAUAACACAAAGACCAAGACGUGUGCUCUACAGACAGCCGAUGGACAGGUCUGGAAGUAUCUUUGGGAGACCCCAUCACCUGUCAUCGAACCCUGGAAGGAUGCAGCAGGUCAAGAUGUAAAAUUUCAACAUCCUUGUAUUCAAACUGCAAUCACAGAAAUAGAAGAAGAGGAAGUUGUUUUGGGUAUUACUGACAGAUCACGAUUUUUCAUCAAUAAUUUGGCGGUGGCUACAAAUAUCACCUCUUUUGCUAUAUAUGAUGACUUCCUGCUCUUAACUAACCACUCCCAUACCUGCCGAUGUGUGUCACUGAGAGAUACAUCAGGGAAAGCACUAGAAGCACUCCUAAAUGGCACACCGAUCUCCAACGAUGAGACAGUUCGAAAAGUGGAAAGAGGAUCUCGCAUUGUUACUGUAGUUCCACAAGACACUAAAGUGAUCUUACAGAUGCCACGAGGCAACUUGGAAACUAUUCAUCACAGGGCUCUUGUACUGGCACAGAUCCGCAAGUGGCUAGAUAGUUGUCAGUUUAGAGAUGCGUUUGAAUGUAUGCGGAAACUACGAAUAAACUUAAACUUAAUUUAUGAUCACAAUCCAAAGGCCUUCUUGGACAAUGUGGAGCUAUUUGUAAGGCAGAUUGAUUCUGUAAAUUAUAUAAACUUGUUUCUGACGGAAAUCAAAGAGGAAGAUGUAACUACUACAAUGUACCCUACUCGUGCAGCAUCUUCAGGCCCUUCUUUCCAGAAAUCUGGAGCCAAGAAGGUUGAUAUAAUCUGUGAUGCAAUGAGAACAGCCAUACAAAAACUAAAUCCUCAAAAAUAUUGUUUAUCUAUACUCACGUCUUAUGUCAGGAAGACAACCCCAGAGCUGGAAACUGCUCUUUUGAAAGUCCAUGAGCUCAGAGAGAGCCCACCGUGUCCAGAUGCCGUGAGUGCAGAGGAAGCCUUGAAGUACCUGCUGUUCCUUGUGGAUGUCAAUGAGCUCUAUGAUCAUUCUCUUGGCACAUAUGACUUUGAUUUGGUUGUUAUGGUUGCCGAAAAAUCACAAAAGGACCCAAAGGAAUAUCUUCCAUUCCUCAACACACUAAAGAAAAUGGAAAGUAAUUAUCAGCGAUAUACUAUUGACAAGCACCUGAAAAGAUAUAAAAAAGCUCUUGGACAUCUCAGCAAAUGUGGGCCGGAGCAUUUCAUAGAGUUCUUAAACUUGGUUAAAGAUCAAAAUCUCUACACUGAAGCCCUGAAACUUCAUCCGGUUGGAUCUGGUGAAUAUAAAGCUAUUAAUGAUGCUUAUGGAGACCAUUUGCUUUCAAGACAACACCAUGAACAAGCUGGUCUCAUCUUUGCCCGCUGCGGCAGUCUUGAGAAGGCUCUUGAUGCUUUUGUUGCAUGUAGCAGCUGGCAGCAUGUUUUAUCCAUAGCUUUCCAAUUACAGUACUCCAAGGACAGACUGGCUGCUUUGGCUAGGAGCGUUUCAGGCAAACUGGUGGAACAGAGGAAGUAUGAGAAUGCAGCCUUACUGCUAGAACAGUAUGCUGAGGAUUAUGAAGAAGCAAUUAUUUUACUGCUGGAAGGAGCUCUUUGGGAAGAUUGCUUGCGUUUGAUACACAAAUACAAACGUCUUGAUAUAAUAGAGACUAAUAUGAAGCCUGCGAUACUGGAAGCUAAAAAAAAUUAUAUAAUAUUCUUGGAUAUCCAGAAAACAACAUUCAUUUGUUACAAGCAGCGACUUUUUGUUGUACGAGACAUGAAAGAAAUGGCAAGACAAGGCUUACUAGAUGAUGAACUCCCAGGAGGCCUAGAAUCUGACCUGUUCUCAGACACAAGCAGCAUCAUGACAGCAAGUGAUAUGAGUGGGAAAUAUUCUCACAGUAAUUCAAGAAUUUCAUCGAGAUCAUCUAAGAAUCGUCGAAAAGCCGAACGCAAAAAGCACAGUCUGAAGGAAGGUAGUCCCCUAGAGGAUUUGGCCCUUCUGGAAGCAUUGGGAGAAAUUGUCCGUGUAGUGGAUAAUAUGAGAAAGGAGAUAAACAGUCUCUUGAAAGUGCUGGUCCUGUUUCUUUAUGAUACGGACGCUGGAGAACUGCAACACCUUUAUCAUGAACUGCUCCAGUUAUUGGAAACGUCAAUACCGGACAUCUGGACUCCAUGUGCACAGCCAAAUGCCGUACCUUCAGUACUAGGACCCCAUUCAACUGCUAAUAGCAUCAUGUCUUCUUAUCAACAACAGAAAACAAUAAAACCUGCAGAGCAAGAAACAGAACUCCUCAUCCCGCCAAAACUUGGUAAAACCAUACAAUGGAAGCUUGACCUGCUUGACUAACACUGUGUCACACUGCAACAAAUAUAUAUGUGCGAAUACAUGAGGGCACCAGCGCUGUCCCAACAGUCACUGGGGAGCCAACAAGUCUGCCCAGUUUAUGCAUGUUAUUUAUAUAUGAUGUGUUUAUGUAUUAUAGCGUAAAAUACAUUUUUUGAAAACUGAUGUUUCUUUUACUUUGUUAGGUAGCUCUUUUUAUACCGAUCUUUAAUAAAAAUAAAAUAAAAAGUUUU